UUUCACUGCUCUGUGUGUGAUAGAGAAUUUUCUUGCACAAAUAAUCUUAUGAAACAUUACAUUGCAAAACAUGAUCCUAACAAUCCAAACAUUCCUUCUACAUCUUCCGAAAUGCAGAAACAAGAUGAUAAGAGUGAAGAAGCUUUGUCUGCAGAAUCUUUCCCAUGUGAAAAAUGUGGAAGACUGUUUACAUCUGUUAGAAUGUUGGAGGGGCAUAAAAAGAUACACCGAAAUGAAACAGAAAAUCGGCGUUUUAGAUGCCCUCAUUGUAAAUAUUCUACGAAUAAAUCAUCAUGUCUGAGAAACCACGUAGCAAUUCACACAAAUGAACGACCACACCAGUGCAGCUAUUGUGGAAAAGGAUUCACAGAACAGAGCAGCUUACGUAAGCAUGUGCUUACUCACACAGGAGAAAAACCUUACACCUGUGAUGUGUGUGGAAAGAAAUUUGCACAGCGUGCACAUCUAAACAUACACAUGAGAAUCCACAACAAAGAGAAACCAUACCGCUGCCCUUACUGUGAAAAAACAUUUUCUUAUCAUAAUGUUCUGACUCGUCACUUGAGGACCCAUACAGAAGAAAGGCCAUAUAAAUGUACCCAUUGUAGUAAAAGUUUUAAGAGCAGCAGUUCUCUUCAAGGCCAUGUAAUUGCCAAACACACCCAUAAAUUUCCUUUGAGAUGCACAGAAUGUGGAAAAGGAUUCAUAGAGUUUGGAAACAUGCAGAUUCAUCUGAGGAACACUCAUAAUAUAGCAGUCUACAAGCUUAAGGAGGAUCAUAACUAAUUCUCAAUUUUUUGGUCAUUCUAGACAGGGAAUGUUGUAUAUAUAAAUGUGUGUGUUUAAUAUAUAGGGAAACAUUCCACUGUGCUUUAAUACACAGUAACUACACACAUAACAAAUUGUAUUGGAAAAGUAAUAUUUGUUAUUGAAAGCUUGAUAUUACAAAAUGACCAUGUUUGAUGGAGAACACGAGGUAAUGAUUUUUUAUUAUUAUUAUUUCUCUAUGUCCUUGUGGUGUUCAUGAUAAUAGUGAAGAAACUAAUAAAACUAUGUAUGCUUCAACAAAUAUUUUGGGAAAUUGAAACUUAUAUAAGCUCUUAUAACUUAUAAUUUUCUUUUUAUACUGAAUUUGACAGAAGUGUGCAUACAAGUGAACUAGUAUAGCAUCUGUCUGAAUAGGGUUGUACAUUUUAUACAAAGUCCAUAAUUCAUUUAUACAUACAGUAAAAACAAUGCACUUACUACUGAUUAGUCAUUUAAUAGAUACAAGAUUUGUAUGGUUACAAGCUUUAGAAAGCAAAAAUCAGUAAGGCUUCCUUUGAUACUAACUUUAAAAUCUUUCUGCACGGUGUAUCUUUACAAAUGUAUUACUGUGUUUUUGUAAUCCUCUUUAGGUAUAAUUGGUAUUAUCCUAUAACAUAUUUAAGAUAGCCUUCACUACAGUAAAAACUUGUCUAUUUUAUUUCAUACAAGAACACUAAAGUAUUACUUUUUGGGUUUCUUUAAAAUUAACCCUAUUUCCAUUUGGGAUUCAAACAGAGGUACUUUUACUAUAAUCAUCAACAAUUCAAACAUUCUUUGACAAGCGAACAAUCCAGAAGUACUAAUACAAAAUAACUUUAUUAGUGUGGAAUGAGGUAGUAAGGGCCUAUUCUGUUGGUAUCAGUGAGGUCAUGACCUUUUAUUAAUAUGCAUCAUACACUAAAAAUGUUGAUUAUCAAUAUUUUAUAAACCAAAAAUUAUUAAGAUUGCUCUAAAUCUAUAGUUAUAAUCAUAAAAACAGGUAAAUUAAGUAUGCCGAUGGUAUUAUGAAAUUGUAGCCAAAAGUUAAUAUCUGUGUUUAGAGUGCUGCCUAGAGGUGCUAAUAUAGCAGCUUCAUCAUGAUUGUU